AUGCUACAGUCUCGAAAAUUCUACCUUGCGCUUGUCGGUGUUGUUGCCUGGUCAAGUACAACAGUGGACGCAGUCUUGUCUAUAUUGGAGGCGGCAUCCUUGUCAUCUACUUACUCUUCCGUGGCCAGCAUCGCUGCCACGGCAGGCACGCUCGAUCUCGUCUCCCUUGGCUGCGUUGGUUUCUAUACUCUCCACAAUGUCGGGAAUAUACGUGGCGCAUUGGAGCAACCAGGAAAAGCAAGAACGGCUCUCAUAGCCAUCAGCAUUCUACUGUCAAGUGUGGCAUUGAUCCUAUCACUCGUAUUGAUCAUCGUGAUCAAGUCGAAAUGGGAAGAGAUCACUGCUGCCCCUCCAGUUGCACCCGUCUCAAACUGGAGCAGCCAUGUCUCUGCACAAAUAGCGUUAUGGAUCAUCUCAUGCGCCAGUCAAGUCAUCCUGUACACUUCCCCUCUGUGGAAUCGUAAGGCUCCAAAAGUUCAAACUGUCGUUACGUCCGGCCCUCGCGACUCCGUCAUAAGUGAACUGCGAACACACCGCCCCAGCGACUUGUUCUUGGGCAAAGCCGUCGAGCCGUCAUCGCCACUGGCUGCUCACCACCGUCCAGAGGCUAUGGGAUCACUGCCUUCGCCUACCCUAUCUAUUCAGUCGUCGAAGUCACUUAAAUCAUUCCGAGAAUCGCUUCGUCAUGUGGUGCGACCCGUUACAUCGCGCACUACUCUGAUCAGCCAGCGAUCGUUUAGCCGAGAUGGAGCACCUAGCAUUUACUCAAAUCGGCAAUCCUCGGAUACUAUCUCACACUCGGACGGAUUCGAUAGCUGGGAUACUAGUGGCGUAAUCAUUCCAACACGCGACGUUGUCCUGCAGCAAACGAUGUCAUACAAGGGCACAACGUUGGAGCCCAUUCCUGGAAGCCGACCAAACUCAUUUGGUCGGGCCCUGGACGGUUCUUUUCUUUCCGAGCUUCCGGAGGAAGAUGACGAAGAAUUGUGCCCGCCUCCCAGGAUGAUGCCAGACGUCUCUCGACCACCUAGCCCUGCCGUCAGUGAAGCUCAUAUCCAUCCGCUGUUUAGGUCGGAAAGUCCAUCUGGGCUACCACCUCCAGCCGCUACGCCAGGCACUAGCAUCAUGGCUAGCCCUUAUUCGAACCAGGCGAUUGCAUGCCCUCCACGAUCGUUCAGCCGGAUGAGAUCAAGUAGCCAACUGAGCCAGACGAACACGAUCAAUAGUCUUCACCAUACCAGGAGCUUUACCCGCGAUCGCCCAGGAAGUGUAGGGUCCAAGUCAAGGAGCCCUUCACCUCCAAGCCGCGCGAUUACACCUCCGAUUCCCGAUUUUGUGUUGAACACUUCUCCUCGAACUAGCAUCAACGGCUCUCGAAGAGUCAACCUACAAUAUUCUCCCGACCGAUAA